AUGCACGAUAUCGACCGACCUCUGCCGGGAGAUGUUGGGCCGCGGGCUACCAAGCGGCCGUCAAAGCCCGGUCUGGUCAAGAAGAGAAGCAAUUUUAGCUUUUUCGAGGAUGCUUUCUCAUCCAACGGGGGCAGAAACCCGGCAAGGGAGAGGGUGCAGGGAGACGCAAUCGUCAUGGUGGAGGUGAAGACCAACAUCAUAAUCACGGACGAGUUCACUUUUAUAACAGAGCUGUCAUACCACAUAUCCACGCGGUACCAGAGACCGGUGUCGUCGAUCGUGGUCACCCUCCAGCACAGCGCGUGCAUGCUGUUCGGGGGAUCAUUUGAUCCCGCGUACGUUAUGUCGGUAUUUGCGCUUCCAUCACAGCUGCUACCCACGACCAAUAAGCGCAAUGCGGCCUUGAUACAGAAACACAUGGAGGAGGCAACUGGGGUGAAGUCAGAGCGAGGGUUCUUACGCUUCGUCCCAACCAAGGAACAAGACGUGGCUUGCAAUGGCAAGACACUGGCCGGCGAGAUUGAGGAGCUGUCAAGGACCUACAGCAUUCCAGAAGCCGCUGCAGAAGAGGAGGACGAGGAUGCUGGUACAGUAUCGAAGAGGCCGAAGGCUCGGAAGAAACUGAGCGUCAAAUCUCUUGCCAGCUUGAGGCCGCUAUCGGCAAUCGACCUCCCGACACCCGAGCUCACGCCGCCAGCAAGCGCAGACGAGGCAUUACCACCUGUACCAGCAUCACCCCCAAUUCUGGCAGCUAUGGAGAGGCCCGCAAGUGCCCAGCAGAAGACGGCGAAGCGAAGGAAAAGUUUUGUGGCAACAAUAUUUCACCGGUCGACGGCCAAGCCUGAACACCGAUCCGCGCUCCCAGCAAUUCCCGCUGAAUAG